GAUGGAUGAAUAACAUUUCUGAAAUUGAUUUGCUUCAAGUUUCAUCGAAAUUUGGCUGAAAAAGCCCAAAGAAAUGUGAGGCUACUAAAUUCACAAUGGUGUUAGCAUUUGUGGCGCAUAUGUGACAUUUGGUGAAAACCACGUGAAAACAAUAGUACGUUACGGACAUUUGCACGUUUCUGGGCUGCAGGCUGUGUUUGACGUGUUUGGGCAUGGUGUGAGCUAUCAUGGCCUUCGUUAGUGUUGCAGCCAUAGGUGAUUUUUUUCAAACUAUGUCCAGUGUGAUUGAGAAGGGUGAAAGAGCAUUGGAUGGUGGCAAAAUCCGAUCCAUUGCCCUGCAGGAUGGCAAAUACAUUGUGGCUUCUGUUGAGGCCAGCAUGAAGAAAAGGACCUAUGAUGUUCAAGUCACUGUCGAGAACAAGAAGCCAGUGGAUGGAAGCUGCACAUGCCCAAAUGGUCAGCAUCGGUGCUCCCACAUGGCUGCCAUCCUUCUGUAUGCACAGAAGAACUGGUCGCAGACUGAUCGGCAGUGUCAAUGGAACCGAGGAUCCAGCAACGCGACAAUGUUGAAAGCAAAGGAGAUGUUCCCCCAGGAAGACAGUUCUUUGCUGGUGAGCUCUGUCAAAGAGGACCAACUGGCAUGGCUGUAUGACCAGACCGGAAGUUGUUGCCGGCUCGUGGGAGCUCCGCCCGGCGCCGACAUCAGCUCUGGCAUGGAUCUGGCGGGCGGCCGGUCUGGCAGCAUGUGCGCUGCUCCUCAGUACUCACACCCCAUAGAUACACCGCACACGGACGGGGCGGCGGAUGAGCUGCUGCUGCCACAGGAGUAUCUCACUGAGUGUCUGGGGGCCCUGGAUGCGGCCGUGAUCGCGCUCCGGGCCAGAAAGCAGGAAGGACAAGCCCUAGUGGCGAUGGAGCUGAAGUCGAAACUACGAGCGCUGCACGCGGUCAGCGCGGACCUCUCUGGUGACGGCGGCGACACUCUGACGCGCUGCCGGCUCUCUGCCACCACGCGCAUCACCGACCGGCUGGCCGUGUACAGACGCCACCCGCCCUCCCAGUCGGUCGACCGGCGCGACCGCUCGCUGCGGCCAACGGCGGUCCCCAACAUUCAACUGCCCUCACAGAAGACGGCACCGACCUCUCCCUCCCGCUCGGCCAAAGGACGCUUCUCCCGCGGCAUCAAACGACCAAAACGCUACGACGACUUCCAGUGCGUCGACGACGCUCCGCGGGGCACCUCUCCCGUUCCCGACGCUGGCAGUUCCGACAUGACCGAGCUGGCCAACAAGCCGCCGGCGGCUCUCAAGUCGAUCAUUGGCAUCCUGCGCACUGAGAACGCCGAGCUGCGAAGUCGGCUGGAGGCCGAGCAGGGCAGGCUCGGCCGUCUGGUGGACGACGUGGAGCGACUGGUCGGGGACCAAGCGAAACAGCAAUGGAAAGGCACAAAAGACUGUUAUCGCAGUGUCCGUGCCAAGCCGCGCUCCCUGCCUAGCGGACCGACUGCAGUAGCCCUGACGCCGCUUCAAGAGCAGCAGAAGCCGUACCUCAUCUUCUUGGACACGGUUUUGAAUGCUAAGACUACCUGCACGAGUCUCCGGGGGACGCACUCUGAGUUGACGCGGUUGGAUACAGACGUCUCUCAGAUCCAGGAUUCCGAGUACUUCGGAGCCACUCUUGACGCUGAAGAAGGUGGCGGGGAGGAAGCAGCGUGCUCUCCAACAUCUGAGCGCAGCGGCACGGAAACGUCCGCUGCUGUGACACCAACAGGGGUGUCUUCGAAAGUCAGGCCGCUGAGGCAAGUCACUCCUGCCAAGAGUAAGCGGUUUGAUGUCGAGAUUGUUAAUGACAUGGAGUCGACGCUGGAUCAGCUGAUCGCAAGGGAAGAAAUAGCAAACAAAAGUAAACACGCAGGUUUUUUCGAUGAACUAGAACAGAUGUUGGACCGCAUGGGAGAGCACAAAGCGUGCGAGUUCAAAGCUAGGGUGUACUCCGAAGCCGUGAAGGUUGCUGUCACCGAGUAACUUCUACCUGAGUAGGCCUUACAGAAAGCCUUACAGAAAGAAGAAAAGGUGUGAUUUCGGAAAGGUCAAGUUUUUGAAUUUGCUUUAAUGUGUGUCUAUAUGCUAAUAAAAUCAAGUCAGAACAGUUACAGAAAGCUACAUGUUUUAUUGUGCACCGUUUCAUUUGUUUAGAAAGUUGACCGAUAAUGUCUUGCGCUUUGUGAGGUUUAAAUACCCAAGUAAGUUAUAGCUUGCAGGAAUACGCAGGAUUGUACAUGUUACGUCUUGGACGUUGGAACUAUGUAGUAUGUGUAAUGUUGAAAUGAGUAUUGAAUAUCAAUCGAUUAUAA